AGGAGGGGGAGGGAGGUGCUGGCCGAACGGAGCACUCACUCAUUGUUAGCGGGCUGAGGAGCUGCAGAGAUCCCGGAGCUCCACGUGAAUUCCCGGCACAGCAGUCAGAUUGGAGACUGUUCAUCAUCUUUGUCAUUGAUAUCUCUAAGAGACGUCACCUCAGAGGGAGGAGUGUGUGAGCCAUUCGCUCAGCAUCUUAAAGGACCACAGCGUCUCUCAGGUGAUGGAGGUCCUCUGACACACAGUGAUGGAUGCAGCCAGCUUCAACCAUGGCCGCCGCGUUGGAUGGUGCUGCCCAACCCAGGCUGUUUCCCUGUGAACCUGAGGAGGAGGAAGAGACUACCAGACGGGCCUUUAGCCUCGCAAUUCCACCUUCCCCGUGAAUGAACCAGAUGCUAGCAGCGCUCAACCCCUUGUCCUAACCAGCCGUCACCUGGGUCCUUUCUUUUCCCCUCCUGUAACGGACCAGUCAUGGAUCUCCUGUGGGUGCUGUCAGUGUCCAUGCUGACGGUGUGCGUCGCCAUCCCCAUGGACGGGGCGGCAGGGAGCCACAGUCUGUUCACCUGUGAGCCCAUCACCCUGCGGAUGUGUCAGGGGCUGUCCUACAACUCCACCUUCAUGCCCAACAUACUGAACCAUUACGACCAGCAAACCGCCGCGCUCGCCAUGGAGCCCUUCCAUCCCAUGGUGAACCUGCAGUGCUCUCCGGACCUCAGGAUGUUUCUCUGCGCGCUCUACGCUCCGGUGUGUACAGAGUACGGCCGAAAGACGCUGCCCUGUCGCCGCCUCUGUCUGCAGGCCAAGAGCGACUGCUACAAACUGAUGGACAUGUUUGGUGUCAGCUGGCCGGAGGAGAUGGACUGCAACAGGUUCCCAGACUGUGACGAGCCCUACCCCCGUCCUGUUGACCUCCUGUCCAGCUCAGACACAACAGAGUCCCCCAUCUCCGUCCAGAGAGACUACGGCUUCUGGUGUCCCCGUGAACUCAAGAUCGACCCUGAACUCGGCUACUCUUUCAUGGGGGUCCGGGACUGCUCGCCGCCCUGUCCCAACAUGUACUUCACGCGGGAGGAGCUGGCAUUCGCCCGCUACUUCAUCGGGGUGGUGUCCAUCGUCUGCCUGUCUGCCACUCUCUUCACCUUCUUGACUUUUCUCAUCGACGUGUCACGAUUCCGCUACCCAGAGCGCCCGAUCAUAUUUUACGCCGUGUGCUACAUGAUGGUGUCCCUGGUGUUCUUCCUGGGGUUUCUGUUGGAGGACAGAGUUUCCUGUAAUGCUGCGAGUCCUGGGAGGUUUAGGGCUUCGACGGUGACUCAAGGCUCCCAUAACAAGGCCUGCACUCUGCUCUUCAUGGUGCUGUAUUUCUUCACCAUGGCCGGCAGCGUCUGGUGGGUCAUUCUGACCAUCACCUGGUUCCUGGCUGCUGUUCCCAAGUGGGGCAGUGAGGCUAUCGAGAAGAAGGCUCUCCUCUUCCAUGCCGGUGCGUGGGGCAUCCCCGGUGUCCUCACUGUCACACUGCUCGCCAUGAACAAGAUUGAGGGAGACAGUGUCAGCGGUGUCUGCUUCGUGGGACUCUACAACUUGACGGCACUGCGUUGGUUCCUGCUGGCCCCGCUGGGACUGGACGUAGUGGUCGGCGUGGCGUUGCUUCUGGCAGGCAUAGCAGCACUGAACCGAGUCCGAAUGGAGAUCCCGCUGGAGAAGGAGAACCAGGAGAAACUGGUCAAGUUCAUGAUCCGUAUCGGCGUGUUCUCCGUGCUCUACCUGGUCCCUCUGCUGACUGUGCUGGCCUGCUACCUGUAUGAGAACAGCUACAGAGCAAUAUGGGAGACGACCUGGGUGCAGGAGCGCUGCAGAGACUACCACAUCCCCUGCCCCUACCAGGUGAUACCCUCGACUCUGGUUUAUUAAAGAAGCAGCGAAAUAUAG